CUCCCUAGCUCUCUUUCCCCAUCACACACACCAACACCUCAUCUGCUCGCCUGCCUGCUUCCUCUCCCAUGGCCUACUGCGGCGGCGGAGGCGGCGGACGAGGCCGCGGCGGUGGCGACCAGCAGUACCAGGCCGGUUACGGUGGCGGGCGCGCUGGGCCGAUGGGAGGAGGAGGACCAGGACGCGGGGGCGGCGGAGGGCGCGCGCCCACCGGCUUCGUCUGGCCGCCUCCGGGCGCGUCGACGCCGCGUCCGGUGCAGGUCCCGGUGCCUGUCCCGUACGGUGGCCAGCCCGCGACGGUCGUGUACCGCAACCCUGCCGCGACGGGGCCGCACCAGGGCGUCUACCAGCACGGCGUCGUCUUCCGCGGCCCCGCCCCGACGCCACCGGCUCCGGCUUACCCCUUCGCCCCGGCGCCGGUCACCAUCCGCGCGCCAUCUCCUCCGCCCUCGCCCAGCGCGGCCCCCUUCCAGCCGGCCCGCGUGUCGGCACCGCCUCCGACUCCAGCCGCCGCGCCCGCUGCGCCAUCGGCGGCGUCCGUCGCCAAGGAGCUCGAGCAGAAGCUCUUCGUCUCCGAGACCGCGCUCGCGCCGCCCGCGGCCGCGGCGGCGGCAGUGGUCGCGGCCACGAAGGAAGGGCAGGCGGCGGAGGCGGCCCCCGACGUCGACCUCGCGCCGGUCUCGAAGAAGGGGCUCGCCCACCCCGCGCGUCCCGGCGCUGGCACCAUCGGCAGGAAGGUCAUGAUCCGCGCGAACCACUUCCUCGUCGACGUCGCCGACAACAACCUCUUCCACUACGAUGUUUCUAUUAAUCCAGAGUCAAAGUCAAGAGCUACAAACAGGGAAGUACUCAGUGAGCUGAUCAAGCUGCAUGGGAGGAAAUCCCUUGGCGGCAAGUUACCUGCUUAUGAUGGAAGAAAGAGUCUUUAUACUGCAGGUUCACUUCCUUUUGAAUCAGAGGAGUUUGUUGUUACACUGGUUGAUCCUGAAAAGAAAGAUAAAGAAAGGGCUGAAAGAGAGUAUAAGAUCACCAUUCGUAUUGCUGGGAGAACAGACUUGUUCCACCUUCAGCAGUUUCUGGCUGGAAGACAGAGGGAUAUGCCUCAAGAGACCAUCCAAGUACUGGAUGUUGUCCUCAGGGAGUCACCAUCUUGGAACUAUGUCACAGUAUCAAGAUCCUUUUUCUCUACCACGUUUGGUCACCGAGGAGACAUUGGUGAAGGAUUAGAGUGCUGGAGAGGUUACUACCAGAGCCUGCGGCCAACACAGAUGGGGCUCUCCCUCAAUAUAGAUAUAUCUGCAACAUCCUUUUUCAAGCCAGUGACAGUGAUCCAAUUUGUGCAAGAGUUCCUCAACUUACGUGACGCGUCACGCCCUCUGAAUGACAGGGACCGUGUGAAGAUAAAGAAAGCACUACGAGGAGUUCGUGUUGAAACAAACCACCAGCAAGACCAAAUCAGAAGAUACAAGAUAACAGGGAUUACACCUAUCCCCAUGAGCCAGCUAAUAUUUCCUGUUGACGAGAGAGGAACCAGGAUGACAGUUGUUCAGUACUUCAUGGAAAGAUACAACUACAGACUGCAAUAUACUUCUUGGCCCUGCCUACAGUCUGGAAGUGAUUCUCGACCUGUAUAUUUGCCUAUGGAGGCAUGCAAGAUUGUAGAAGGGCAAAGGUACUCUAAGAAGCUAAAUGACAAACAAGUGACCAACAUUCUUAGAGCGACUUGUCAACGUCCCCAGCAGAGGGAGCAAAGCAUACGUGAGAUGGUUCUGCACAACAAGUAUGCAGAAGAUAAGUUUGCUCAGGAGUUUGGUAUCAAGGUCUGCAGUGACCUGGUCUCUGUGCCAGCCCGUGUGCUGCCUCCGCCCAUGUUGAGAUAUCAUGAGUCUGGAAAGGAGAAAACUUGUGCGCCAAGUGUUGGGCAGUGGAACAUGAUUAACAAGAAAAUGAUAAAUGGAGGGACCAUAGACAAGUGGGCCUGUAUCACCUUUUCACGUAUGCGGCCUGAGGAGGUACACAGGUUCUGUUGCGAUCUGGUUCAGAUGUGCAAUGCCACUGGAAUGUCUUUCUGUCCAAGGCCAGUUUUAGAUAUCCGAACAGCUACUCCCAACAACAUUGAGAAUGCUUUGAGGGAUGUAUACAGGAGGACUGCAGAAAUUGAAAAGGGAAAGCCGCUGCAACUGUUAAUUGUCAUCCUGCCUGAAGUCAGUGGUUCUUAUGGGAAAAUUAAAAAGGUUUGUGAGACUGACCUUGGGAUUGUAUCUCAAUGCUGCCUGCCAAGGCAUGCUUCCAGACCGAACAAGCAAUAUCUGGAAAACGUUGCACUCAAAAUCAAUGUGAAGGCCGGAGGGCGCAACACUGUUCUUGAUAGGGCUUUUGUUCGAAAUGGGAUACCUUUUGUGUCGGAAGUCCCGACAAUCAUCUUUGGUGCUGAUGUCACACACCCCCCACCUGGAGAGGACUCUGCAUCAUCUAUUGCUGCUGUGGUGGCAUCGAUGGACUGGCCAGAAAUCACAAAGUAUAGAGGUCUUGUCUCUGCUCAACCACACAGGCAGGAGAUCAUAGAAGACCUCUUUAGUGUCAUCAAAGAUCCACAGAGGGGAAUUACUGUGAACGGUGGCAUGAUCAGGGAGUUAUUAAUUGCCUUCCGUAGAAGGACAGGCCGUAGGCCUGAGAGGAUAAUCUUCUACAGGGAUGGGGUAAGUGAAGGUCAAUUCAGUCAUGUUCUGCUUCAUGAAAUGGAUGCGAUCCGAAAGGCUUGUGCUUCCUUGGAGGAGGGGUAUCUGCCCCCAGUAACCUUUGUGGUUGUCCAGAAAAGACACCAUACAAGGCUGUUCCCUGAAGUUCAUGGGAGGCGUGAAAUGACUGAUAAGAGUGGAAAUAUUCUUCCUGGAACUGUGGUUGACCUGAUGAUUUGCCACCCUACUGAGUUUGAUUUCUACUUGUGCAGCCAUGCAGGCAUUCAGGGUACCAGUAGGCCAACACAUUAUCAUGUUCUCUAUGAUGAGAAUCAUUUCACUGCCGAUGCACUUCAGUCACUGACCAACAAUCUUUGCUACACCUAUGCUCGUUGCACUCGUGCAGUCUCUGUGGUCCCACCGGCAUACUAUGCGCACCUUGCUGCAUUCCGUGCGCGCUACUACGUGGAAGGAGAAAGUUCAGAUGGUGGCUCAACCCCUGGCAGCAGCGGGCAGGCAGCUGUGGCCCGAGAGGGACCUGUGGAGGUGCGCCAACUCCCAAAUAUCAAGGAAAACGUCAAGGAUGUCAUGUUCUACUGCUGAGCUCCUAUGUCAUUCCCUCUUCAAAACCUACAAUACUUUCCCUUUGCUGGAUGAUGAGAUGUCUGUGAUGUCCUCAGAACUUCUGAGUUAUCUCUUUUUAGAACUUGUGGCCUUGGAGCCUGUUGCUAGUAGUUUCCUUCUGUUAUUCGGAGUAGCCAGGUUAUGACUGAGAUUUUAACUCUGUUUGAAACCUAUGCAAGUAUUUAAGUUCCCAACUAUCCUGCUCUUUUGUUUGGUUAUCA